AUGACUCUUAUCAAAUCAAUUUCAUUGUUGGGCAACUCAUUCUCUGGUUUGGAAAAUAACUCUUCCUCUGACUUUGUUGGAUCAGUUGGUAAAUCAUCGAUUGAUUCAGACUCCCAAGAGCAAUGCUUUGGUUGGGGUAGAAGAAGAAGAACCACCAAUGUUAUUUUUGGUGAUGUUAAUGUCUUCAGUGGUGGUUGUGGAGGUUGCUGUGGCGGUUUUGGUGGUCUCGGUGGUUUAGGUUUCUAA